GGUGGGGCCCGGCCGGGAGGGGCCGGCCCGCGGGGUGUGGCGGUCUUGAUUCCGCUGUAGUUGUCUGCGCUGGGCACUCUCUCCUGCCGUCUUCCUCGAGUUCCCCACCUCUGCACUCCAGUGACACCUGUCCUCCGCGUUAGCCAGGAAAUGCUGUUGCUUGAUUGCAACUCUGAGGUGGAUAGUCUGAAGCAUCUGCUGGCGGCCGGGGCCUCGGUCAACGCACCCCCGGAUCCCUGCGAGCAGUCUCCUGUCCACUUGGCGGCAGGUGGCGGCCUUGCUUGCUUUCUACUCUGGCAGCUGCAAACGGGCGCUGACCUCAACCAGCAGGAUGUUUUAGGAGAAGCUCCACUACACAAGGCUGCAAAAGUCGGAAGCCUGGAAUGCCUUAGCCUGCUUGUAGCCAGUGAUGCCCAAAUUGAUUUAUGUAAUAAGAAUGGGCAAACAGCUGAAGAUCUGGCUUGGUUAUGUGGAUUUCCAGAAUGUGCCAAAUUUCUUACAACAAUUAAAUAUAUGCAGACAAUAAAAUCAACUGAACAAUCCAAUAGAGAUCAUUGUGUUCCAGUGCUCAGACAGAAACGAAGUUUUGGAAGCACAGAAAAUACAAAUGGGAAAAGGAAGUGUUGAUGUCAUGUUGGUUAUGAAGAGGUUUGAAGGCAGCCUUCACUUCAUGUGGAUCUGCUGUUCAGCUGUGGCUUUUGGCUCACCAGGUGUGUCUGAGCUCCUUCUAAGAAGGAGGGAAACUUUCUUCUAAGUGAAGAUAACCUUUAAGAAUACAUGUAUUUACAUGCCAGUAUUUUGAUGUUAAAUGCUUUGUCUUUUAAGUUAUUAAAGGAAUGUCUAAAGAAUAAAUUCUUUCUUGAUGCAGUGUU